AUGGGAAAUGGCAUCUUUGGCUGUUGUGAUGCAAUCGCAGCAAACCGAGCAAACGAAGUGUCAUUAUUUGCUACAAAAAGCAAAUCAAACUCAAGAACUUCAUAUCAAAGACCUUCUAAUCUUUUUUCAUCAAUUAUUCCAAAUAUCGACGUUGAUAUGUCUAAUAUUGAAUCUCGAAGAAUUCAACUGCUAACUCUCACAAAUGCAAAAUCAUUACAGUUAAAAAUUUUGAAUUCAGGGAACCUUAUGAAAGGUUCAGUUUUACUAUUUAAGGCCACAGGUUUGAUAGGUUCGCUUAGAAAUGCAAAUGACGGCUUCACAUUUUUUGGCUGCAAAAAGAAAUUAAAAUCAAAAUUAGUAAAUGACUUUGUAAUUCCCUUAAAAGAUCGCGAAAUGGAGGACCAUCAUAGAGGCCGACACUUCGUGAUUUUUUACAACAUAGACAAAGAUUCCUACUGAAUUCGAGAUCUGGCUAAAGGAUUUGGAGUUUUCGUUAGGCUUGACUACGCUCUUGUAAAGAAUAUCUAGGUCUUAAAAGACAACAUGCUUAUAAAUGUUGGUGAAAGCUUUGUAGUUAUAAAUUUGCUCAAGGAAAACACAGAAAAUUCGAUUAGGUUGCUUUUAAAAGUUUUCAGCGGGAAUAUAUCUGGAGAAGUAAAAAGUUUUAGUGAGGCGGAUUCUAUGAUCCGAAUUGGGCGGCAUAUGAACUGCAAUUUGAAGAUUGAAGACCCUUUAUUAUCGAAAAUUCAAUGCACAAUUUAUUAUAAUCCAAUCUCGGGCUGAACACUAGGGGAUGGAGAUAUCGAUUCUCAAAGGACUAGCACAAAUGGAACUUGACUGUAUUUAAAUGAAGAUUUUGAGAUAUAUAAUGGAAUGAUUUUCAAGUCUCAUCAAACAUUAUUUGAGGUGAUGGACAUUUAGGCAAUUUUGAUAUAA